AUGUCUAAUACAAUAGAUACAGCCAAGCUGGCUUUGAUAUCCCAGGGUGCGGCGUAUGGCCUACUCAUCGGCCUUGGGGUUCUCUUUUGUGGAGUGAUUCUUUUUGCUGUGAAGAUUCAAAAGGCUUAUUUAUCUGAAGAUUCCGGAAAGUCUGAAAUGUUCAUGGUCGCUAAUCGCUCAGUCGGAACUGGUCUCACUGCCUCUGCGGUCUUUUCCUCGUGGAUGUGGAUCAAUGAGACGGUAUUGGCGGCAGCCAUGUGUUAUAAUUAUGGAUUAGCACUACCUCUGUGGUGGGGCUCUGGACUCUGUUUUCAAAUUGCUUUAAUGGCAGCAUUGGGUGUUAUGGCAAAGAUCCGAGUUCCUUAUGCGCAUACCUCUCUUGAGAUUGUUCGAAUGAGAUAUGGAAAAAUCGGUCACCUUGUUUUCAUUGUGCUCAAUCUGGUAAACAAUGUCUUUGGAUGUGCAUCCAUGAUCAUGACUGGCUCUCAACUCAUCUAUGGCGUCUCUGGAAUGAACUUUGUUGCAGCGACUAUUCUCAUUCCACUUGGAGUUGUCCUCUAUACCGCGGUCGGCGGUCUUAAGGCCACAUUUUUGACUGAUUUUCUUCAUACUGCUAUUGCCUUAAUCCUCAUCAUCUACUUCACCCUGUCGGUGCUAACAAAUCCUGCCGUCGGGGGACUGAGUGGACUUUAUGAUAAGGUGGUGGCUACCGCCGGAGAAAACUAUGUCUCUGGUAAUUAUGACGGAUCCUUGCUCACUUUCAAGUCGAAGGGUGCUAUCAUCUGGGGACUGAUUUUGAAGUUUGGAAAUCUGGCUUUAGUUGUCAUGGACACGGCAUUCUGGCAAAAGUCAUUUGCAACAGAGGUUCGAGCCACUGUCCCUGGGUAUAACAUCGCAGCCAUCGCCGUUUUUGGUAUCCCCUGGGGACUUGGAACAGUGAUUGGAUUGACAGCUCGAGCAAUUCACAACACUCCAAUUUUUCCAACUUACCCUAGUGACCUGACUUCUACUGAAAUCAGCAUGGGCAUGGUUAUGCCUUACACUAUCAAGGCACUCAUUGGAGAUAAAGGAAUCAUCGGCUUCUUCUUCCUCCUCUUCAUGGCACUCACCAGUACUGUCUCAUCGUCCAUGAUUGCCGUGAGCAGUAUCCUGUCCUACGACUUGUAUAAAACAUAUGUCAACCCACGAGUGACGGAUAAAAACCUUGUUCGGGUCAGUCAUUUGACUGUCGUUUUGCACGGUGUAUUCAUAACAGGUAUUUCAAUUGCGAUGAAUUAUGGAGGUGCGAAUAUGACAUGGAUCAACUAUCUGCGACCGGUCAUCUCCUGCCCAGGAAUCCUCCCUCUAAUUCUGACGUUAUUCUGGUCUCGUCAAACACGACUCGCGGCUGUGGUAUCUCCAAUUCUUGGCUUCUUUACUGGCCUUGCUGUGUGGUUAGCAACAGCUAAAUCAAUGUAUGGUGCCGUGGAUAUUGAAACAACUUCCAACGAGUAUCCUGCUCUCUAUGCCGCCAUUGCAUCUUUCUUCUCACCCGGGCUUUAUUCUGUUUUGUUCUCACUUUAUAAACCUUACUCAUUUGAUUGGCGAGAAUUCCUCCGAAUCGAAUUGGCUGAUGCGCCUCAUACCGGAUCAGAUAAAGACACAUUUGUGGAAAGCAGUGGGUCUAACACGGGCCUUUAUCUUGGUUCUGAGAUGCCUACGAAAUCUCUCCCUGCCGAAUCUCAAUUAGCAGCCGACGAUCAAGACGUCAGUCACAGGGACCUUGAGAAAAAGAAAGGAAACGAGACACCUGCUUCAUUUUCAUCGGCCUCCAUACAGCAGCAGAAUCUCGAUGAUAUUCAGCACCCAUUUGACGAUGCGACAUUGAAAGAUCUGUAUAGGUGGCUCAAAAUCGCAUGUUUUACAUUUGUGGUCUUAGUUCUGGUCACUUUCGUUGCUUGGCCACUCCCUCUAUACCGUGACUAUAUCUUUACAAAGUCAUUUUUCUCUGGCUGGACCACGGUGGCUAUUAUCUGGCAAUUUGGCGCCUUCGGUGCUGUUGUCAUCUUCCCACUCUACGACGGAAGACACGCAAUCGCGACUGCUGUACGUGGUGUUUGGAAACACAAAGGGUUUGCGAAGCAAGCACCAAAAUCAUAG